AUGGGUGUGCAACUACCCGAGCUGCAAUUCACCUCGCUCGAGGCCAUUCCUGCGCGCAUCGCCACCACCAAAAAGGCCUUCCUCGAGAACAAGACGCGCGAUGUCGAGUUUCGUCUCGUUCAGCUGCGCAAGCUCUAUUGGGCCAUCAAGGACCAUGAGGAGGAAAUCGUCGAGGCCUGCGCCCAGGACCUGAACAAGCCACGAUUCGAAGCCGAGGUGGCAGAGAGCAGCUGGCUGCUCAACGAUAUUGUCUUUACUACUCGCAAUCUACACAAAUGGGUCAAGGAUGAAAAGGCGCCAGACAUUGAUUUGACCUUUACGUUCAUGAGCCCCAAGAUUCGCAAGGAUCCUCUGGGGUGUGUUUUGGUCAUUGGUGCCUUCAAUUUCCCCUUCCAGUUGACUAUGGGCCCCGUCAUCGGCGCCAUCGCUGCUGGUAACACCGUCGUGAUCAAGCCUUCCGAAAAUGCGCCCCGCAGCGCCGCCGUGAUGCAGAAAAUCUGCGAAGCCGCCCUCGACCCAUCCUGCUAUGCUGUUGUUCAAGGUGGUGUCCCCGAGACGCAGGCUCUGUUGGCCGAGCGCUGGGACAAGAUCUUCUUCACCGGUGGUGCCAACGUAGGUCGCAUCAUCGCCAAGGCUGCCGCUCCUCACUUGACCCCCGUGGUGCUGGAGCUGGGCGGUAUCAACCCGGCCAUUGUCUCCAAGCAUGCCGAUCCACGUCUGGUCGCGCGUCGCAUGCUCUGGGGCAAGGUUCUGAAUGCGGGUCAAAUCUGUACGUCGCAGAACUAUCUUCUUGUCGAGAAGGAGCUUGUGCCCAAGGUCGUGGAGGAGUUCAAAAAGGCCUACGCGGAGUUUUACCCCAACGGUGCCAAGGGCUCGCCCGACUACUCCCGGAUCGUCAAUGAGACUCACUUCCAGCGCCUGAAGUCCAUGCUCGACAACACCAAGGGCAAGAUUCUGCUUGGUGGUACCAUGGACGAAAAGACGCUGUUCAUUGAGCCCACGGUGGUCCAGGUCGACUCCGUGGAGGAUUCCAUGUGCACACAAGAGAGCUUCGGUCCUUUCAUCCCCAUUCUGCCCGUCGAGAAUCUCGAUGAGGCGAUCAGACUCGCCAACGGCGUGCAGAGCACCCCGCUUGGUCUGUACCCCUUCGGUAACAAAGCCGAAGUGGAAAAGAUCAUCUCCUCUACCCGCUCGGGUGGUGUGUCUUGCAACGACGCAGCUCUGCAUAUCCCUACACUGCAAUUCGGUGGCGUUGGUGAGAGUGGUUACGGUUCUUACCGUGGCCGCUCCAGCUUCGAUGUUUGGGUGCACCGUCGCCCUAUCACCAGCAGCCCAGGCUGGCUUGAGUCCAUUCUGUCCAUCCGCUACCCGCCGUAUGCCGGUAAAUUGAGCAAGUUCAAGGCAGCCAGCGCCAUGGUGCCCGACUUUGACCGCAGUGGCAAGAAAGUGACUCUUGGCUGGCUACGUUAUAUCCUGACUUUGGGUGGUGGGAGCGCCAAAGCCGGAGCUGGCCGCGCUGCGGUUGUUGCUGCCAGUGAGUAA